AUGGCUUAUGCUGCUGCUGCUGCUGUAGUUUCUCUGAAGCAGAAAAUAGAUCGCCUUCUCAAUCCUUCUCUAUCCAUGAUUCAUAAUCCGAAUUCAGAAAUGGGAUUAAUUUAUCACGACCUAUCUUACUUGCAAUCAUUCCUCGAAACAAUCAUUUAUUUCCAAAGCAACAAGAGAGUAGCAGAUCCUCUAGAAACACAUCUCAAAGGCGUAUUGCAUAAAUACAAAGAUCUAAUCGCCUCCGAAUUAUCAUACCGAUUUCGUUCAGUAUCUUCUAGAAGCUUCAAUUUCAAACUGUCCGAAGAACUGCUGAAAAUCGGACAAGAAAUCAGCUCGUUCAUCGAAAAAUUGGAGUCCGAGGAAAACCACAAUAGAGGAGAAGAAGAAGAAGACGAUCCUUCGAUAAUUGGUUAUCGUAUGAAUAAAAAAAUGAUUGGAUUGGGAAAUCAACUGAAGGAGCUACAAGAUUGGGUUUUGUCGGGAAAAUUCUGGUGGGAAAUUCCCCAAUUGGAUGUGAUGGCGGGAAAAUCGGAGCUCGAGUUGAUGUUAAUUGCAGGUAUGGCUGGAAUCGGGAAGACGGCUUUCGUCGACGAAGUUUAUCGCAAUCCACUUGUUGUGAAACAUUUCGACCACCAUUUGUUUUUGCGGAUCGGGCCGAAUUACGAUUUGAAAGAAACUCUGACGCUCGCUCUCGAUCAAAUCGGUGUCGAAUUCGAUGAAAUGCACGGAAACAACGUUGUCGACGAACAAUUUUUAGGCGGUUGUGUACGUAGGUAUCUACGUUAUAGGAGGUAUUUGGUUGUUUUGGACGAUGUAUGGAGUAUCGAUGUCUGGAAUGUUCUAGAGCGUUUCUUCCCGCACGAUGGUUCCGGGAGUCGUGUCGUCCUGACGUCUAGGCUGCUAGACUUGACUCGUCGUGUUGAUGUUGUAAGAAACGUUCUCCGAAUACCGUUUUUGAACGAGAACGAAAGUUGGAAUCUACUUCAUGGCAAGGUAUUCGGUACUAAUGGAGAGAUUUGCAGUCGGCAACUCGAGAAAAUCGGGAGGAAGAUUGCCAAGAAAUGCGAAGGGCUCCCUUUGGCAAUUAUCGAAGUUGCAGAGCUACUAUGUGGAAUCGAGAAAACGGUCGAAAAUUGGAAGGCGGUAGCAGAAAAGGAAGAUCCACUUACCAUAGACGAAGAAACACCCCUAUCGAAGGCACUAAUUUUGAGUUACACGAUGUUGCCUCAAUAUCUAAAGGUUUGCUUUCUGUAUAUGAGUGUUUUCGUAAAGAAAUACGAUAUUCGUCGCUCGAAGCUCAUCAAAUUGUGGGUUUCUGAAGGCUUUCUUGAACCACAAACACAAGGGAGUAUAAAAAGCUUGGAAGAAACCGCCGACGGGUACUUGAACGAACUUAUUUCCCAAAGUGUUGUUUUAAGUAAAGAGUUAAGGUUUAUAGAUACAAAGGCAACUAAAAUCUGCAGGCUGCAUUUUACCUUUCGAAAUCUAUGCGUUAACGAAGCUAAGCGUGAGAAGUUUCUCCAUAUAAUAAACAAGUACGACAAUAGUUUUCCGGACGACAUAGAUAGCCAGCAAAGGCUCUGUGCACACAAUAACAUCGUUCUUGGUUUCAGCGAAGCGCAUAGCUGGAUGGAGUUAGUUCCGGAUACGCCUUCUCUUCUUUGUUUUGGUCCGCAGCAGCAAUAUCCGAUCGAGUUGUACCUAGGUUUCAGGUUGCUCAAGGUACUAGACGCAGUUUCAAUGCGCUUUUACGAGUUCCCACAUCGAGUAAUGGAGCUAGUUCAAUUAAGGUACCUUGCGCUCAAAUUCAAGGGGGAGCUCCCUUCUUCCAUAUCACGUCUUUCGAACCUAGAAGUCUUGAUUAUUCAUUGGCAUCAUAGGGUAAUCAAAUCGUCGAAUUUUCCGGUUUAUUUGCCUGUAGAGAUUUGGAAGCUGCAUAAACUCAAACACCUGGAGUGCAUGGGAUUUGACCUGCCUGAUCCUUCUCCUGCAGACGAUGAUUCUCUUAUCCUGGAGAAACUUAUAACACUUUCUGGUGUGAGUGCUGACAGCUGUACAAAAAGAAUUCUUUCAAAACUGCCUAACCUAAUGAAAUUAGGUAUUCGGAUCGAGUUGGCACAUGACUCCGUCGAAACCUUCAGUUUCAUUGGGGAUUUUGCAUCUCUGUAUGAAGAAUUUGAGUCGUUCAAAUGCAUCGUUGUAAACCCUAUCCCUAAAGGAGGGAGUAGUUUAGUAUUUAAUAACUUGAUAUAA